CAAGAACACCAAAUCGUUCAGGUCCAGAGUCAAGAGACUGGGACUGUUUCUGGACUGGCCAGCCGGCACGCUGUCUUUCUAUCAGCUGUCAGGAGAAACCAAAACUCUCAUUCAUACCCUCCACACCACCUUCACGGAGCCCCUAUACCCAGCAUUCCGUGUGGAUGUUGGGACCUUGACUCUGUGCAGUGUGGGGAUGCCGACCACAGACAAGGUUCAGACAAGUUUCACUCCAGAGGUGAAAAAAGAGAAGAUGGGAUUGUCCUACAGGUUCAGGUUCCCCGGUCCUGGUCUGUUCCACUGCUCGCUGACUGAUCUGGUCUUCAGUGUGACUCACGCGAGCGAAGCCACCUAUGAGAUGAUGAUCUGGGAUGAGAUGCAGCUUCAGUCGGCUCAGAGGGUUCCAGGAGGAACUCUGUUCAGCAUCACGUGUCCAGAGGAGUCCAUCAGACAGCUGCACCUCCCUCACUGCGAGCCUGAACCCGCGCUGCUCUCUGACUGCCUCUCUGUGGCUCACAUCACUGAUGAAGGCAUGAGCUUCAUCCGGCCUCUGGAGGUGACCGAAACCCACGUGGUGGUGGAUGUACCACACCUUUCAGCCCUCGGCAUCGUCUGGGACUUCGUCAAACGCUUUGUGGAUUUCAUGACGAAACCGAUUCGCAGUCAAAUCCUGCUGUUCCUCAAACGGAUGCACAGACAGGGUUUCGUCCUGUGGCUGAUUCUGCUGCCCAGCAACGUGCCGCUGAACGAGGUGAAAGCUCAGCUGCUGGACUGUGAGCACAUCCAGGCUCCGUCCUUCUGUCUGCUGCACACAGGCCAGUAUUACAGCCUGUGCAGCGAGCCGCAGCCGCAGGACUUCAACAUACAGCCCGCACGUGCAGAAUUCUUUGGAAACUACGGACCAAACUACCACCCGAUGUUUGAAAUGCUCAUGCUGUCGGAGGCGGACAAAGUGACCCUGAUGCUGCGAGAUGCAGAAAAAACCCAAGUGUGGGAGCACCAGCUCCACCUGCCUGCCAUGCUUGCGGUGACCACGGCGAGCAGAGACCAGCCACGGCUGGCGAGCAACAUCCCAGCCCAGGAGAAGCUGUUUCAGGUCCGCUCCAGCUUCGUGGAAAAGGUGUCGGACCCGGUCCUGAACAAGCUGCUGGACGAGCUGCUGCACUGCGGCGUGCUGACUGACAGUGAGAACGAGGUGCUCAGAGCCAAACUCCGGCCGGACAAGGCGCGGGAACUCAUCGACGCGGCGCGCAAGAAAGGAGCCGACGCCAGCGCCAAGUUGAUCGCAGUCCUCGCCGCCGCCGACCCGUAUUGCUGCCGAGAGCUCGGCCUGUGUUGAGAGCCAUCAAGAGCAGGACGACAGGAUCAACAACGAGCUGCUUUUCAGUCACACUGUGGAACCUGAACAGUUCCUCUCUGACCGUCAGUG